CCUGGCAUUUACAGGCUUAAAAUUCUGAAAAUUAUUACAUCUUUAGUUUUUAUGGUUAAGACUGACAUUGUUUGAAAAAAUGAACUCAAUAAAGGUAGAAAAUAAUACAGAAGGCUGUCAGUUUUGUCAGAGAAGCUCGGUCUUAGUGGCCAGAAAUAAGCUGCGCAGGAAGAGGAAGUGAUGCGUCAGGCCGUGCAGCUGUGAGCGCUGACGCAGUCCGACGAUCAGACGUUCAGCAGCAGGUCAGCAUGGAGGUCACAGCUCUCUGCAGCAGACGCGUGAUAAACGUACUGCUGCUGCUUGCUCAUGUUCAGGACAGCUACUCUCGAAAUGCUGGUUCAUUUUAUCCUCGCAUCGCUCCAUCCAGGCUGCAGUUCUUUGAAUACGAGUCUGUCUUUAUUAAUUGUGAAAGCUUUUUUUAUGAUUCGACUCAGUGGAGAGUGAUGAGGAAUAUUAAAGGAAUAAAUACUUUAUGUUACACUAACUGGGAAACAAAAGGGCCGUGCAAAAUUACAACCGCCUUUUCAGCAGACAGCGGAGAAUACUGGUGUGAAACCAGAGGACAGAAAAGCCACUCGGUCAAUAUCACAGUGACCGCUGACUCUGUGGUCCUGGACAGUCCGGCUCGUCCUGUGAUAGAGGGAGAAACUGUGACUCUGCACUGCAAAAACAAAAAGAUAUCCAAUUUUACAGCAGAUUUUUAUAAAGACGGCGUCCUCAUCAGGAGACACUGGACUGAAAACAUGACGAUCCACAGCGUUUCCAGGUCUGACGAAGGACUCUACAAGUGUCUCAUCUCUGAGGCCGGAGAGUCUGCAGAGAGCUGGCUGGCUGUCAGAGCACACCAGGAAGAGACUUCUGUUCUGGUCAGUCGCCCCUCUGGUGUCCUCACCCUGCUGUGGGUGACUGUUUCUUUUUUAAUUUUGGCUCUGCUGCUGCUGGUCAUGUUCGGACUUCACUAUACGAAACUCAAAGUUCAGGCAGAUUAUUCCACUUCUCCAGUGAUCCCUGUGGUACACACAGAGACCAAUGAAGCUGAAGUACAAACGGCAACUUAUACUGGAAUCACAAACCUUAGAGAGGCAAGAGAAACCAGAGAAACUGAACAACAAACUGCAACAUACAGCAAAAUCAGAAACCUAAGGGAGACAAGAGAUGAAGGUGGACAGUCGACUGCAGCCAUUUACUACACUUUAAGCAUGGGUAAGACCAACAAUUAA